GAAAUACAUGAAAGAUGUCUCGAUUAAAACGCGUUAAUCAAUGGUUAAUGUUCGCUAAACAAUGGCAUCUGAUCGAUGCCACUGGGCAGGAUGCAUAUAAACUCGGAACGAAAAUAUCGUCGUAUUUAUCGGGUCAGUAUAAACCGAUAUAUCAUCCAGAAACGGAUUGCGGUGAUCAUGUGGUUGUGAUUAAUUGUAAGGAUGUGGCGAUGCACGGCUUUGAUUGGAAACACACGUUUUAUCAUUUUAAUAAGGAGUAUCCCAGAUCGAAGGCGUUAAUCAGUGCAUGGCAAAUUCACGAGUAUGAUCCGUGUAGGAUUGUGUUCUUGGCUGUUUACAAGUGUUUGGGAAAGAAUGUGGUGCGAAGAAGACAUAUACAACGACUACACCUGUUCGCUAAUGAAGCGAUGCCUGAGUUCAUUCGGAAAAACAUUGGUGAUCAGUUGGAACAAGUGCAGUCAAUCGCGAAACGAUCUGAUGAAUACACCGAUGAAGAACGACGUUCAUUCCCUCGACUGUUCAAAUUCGACAACGACCAUCUAUUGGACUGGAACAAACCUACCGAAAGUCCUGCACGAUAUUCGAAAGACACCAAUAAAACGUAAUCGUGUUGUGUUUUUGUAUGUUGUCGAUAUUGCAGGUUGAUUUGAUUGUUCCUUGAUAAAUAUUUGAUAG